UUUCUCUAUUGCUAGCUUCCCCUCGCCACCUUCUCGUACGCCCGAGGCCCUGGCCUUCUGCUGAACGUUCGAGGCAGAAGCGGUGUUCUGUGUAUUUGGCAGGCAGACUACUUCCCGCCUCCCGAUCGCUCACGACGUGUGGUCCGAUGACUUUGUGCGCAGUAGACCCUCAACGCUAUGAGACGCGAGGGCGUCAUCUGCUAUUGACCGCAAUGGCAGGUACGCCUCACGACACGCUCGUGGUGGUCUGUCUCCUCGAACUGAGCUUGCAUCUCGCCGCCUUCCUAGCGAACAGUACGGCGGCGCUCUGCUUCCGGUAUCUCAUUGACAGUUCACCUCUUCGCGAAGCUCAGGACGAGCUCCUCAUUGCUCGCGGCUGCUGCCUAGUGCAGUCGCGAAUCUCUGCACAGCCUGCUAGCCUCCGGGCCAGAAUAUCCUCGACAGCUGGUCACCACUUGAACCUUCAGUGCUACGGCUCAGACACCGAGCACUCUGUGUCGGGACAUCACGGCGGUUGAGAACGAGAACCAAGGUCCACCGCUCGCUCCGUCUCUCCGCGAUCUCAAUACGACAUUCCCAUGGUACAUAUGUUCCAUGCCAUAUCACCCGAAAUCGCACGCGUACAGUGACAUCCUCUCGCCACCGCAGACCUCGCGCAUCGCAUUGCGCACAUCCAUCGUCUCUCAUCUGAAUCGUAGAAGACGACAUGGUACC